AUCACCCACAUGAUCUGUCCUCAGAGAUUUGAUAUUUUGACACCACAAAUUGGGCUUUGAUUAUUCGACAUCGUGACCCACUGUAACCAACUCAGAUGGACCCGCAUGUUAUUGUCAAGAGUGUUAACAUGAUCGAAGCGGCAACAAAUAUGGAGUGUCAAAUCAUCAAAUUUAACCGUUUCAGUGUAGAUCAAGGAAAAAAAGACAGGCAGGACUGGUCAAAGAUCAUAAAGCUUACAGAAAUUCAGAAAACUUGUGGUUGUGAUGCUCACCAACCCCCAGCUUGGGUCUACAUCAUGUGUACUCUCCACUGAAGACUUAUUCAGCCAAGUCAGGGACUGUUUCAAGGGAAGUGAAGAGCACAGAGGAUGGUGAUUUUGUUCAUCCUUCACGGCGAAUUCUCCCAAUUUCUUCCAUUUAAGUUCUUCUUGGUUGUCUGAUUAUUAGGUUUCUGCUUCGAAAAUGCUGGUUUGCUCUGCUGCUGGCUGCUUGGGUUCAACCUGAUCUGGUGCUUCCUAGUCGAAUUCAAGGAGAGCCGAGGAAAAUAUUUGGGAGGGGCAAUGGCAGAAACCGCGGUGAGUGCAUCUAAGGGUGUGAUAGGUGCCCUUUUUGAGAAGCUCACUAAGCUGGUGGAGGACAAGUGCACCAAUCUCGUAGGCAUGUCAAAAAAUAUUGUGUUCCUUAAAGAUGAGCUCCCAACCAUGAGCGCGCUACUCGAGAAGCUAGAGGAUGCAGAUGAACUUGAUCCAGUGGUGAAGGCUUGGAGGAACCAGGUCAGGGAGAUGGCAUAUGAUAUUGAAGAUUGCAUCGAUGACUUUGUGCACCACGUGGGAGGUGGUGAUGUGGAAGCUGGCUUCAUCGAUAAGGUUUCUCACUUUCUCAGAACUUUGAGGGCCCGUCUUGAGACUGCCGAGCAUAUCAAGGAUCUCAAGAUUCAGCUAAUAGAGAUAAAUGAACGGCACAAGAGGUACAAAUUUGAUCUAGAUGACACUCCUAGUUCUAGCUUUGUGGCCAUUGAUCCUCGGUUGCCAGCACUGUACAGUGAAGCCGCUAAUCUUGUGGGUAUUGAAGGCCCAAGGGAACAGGUUAUAAAGUGGUUGACAGAUGCGGAUCAACAAAUAAUGGUCCUACCAAUUGUUGGCUUUGGAGGUCUGGGUAAAACUACGCUCGCCAAGGAGGUUUAUCAAAAAAUUGGACAGCAAUUCAACACCACGGAAUUUGUUUCAGUUUCCCAAAGGCCUGAUGUAACAAGAUUUCUCAAAGGAAUACAAUCAAAACUUCCGAUAAGGCUGUCUUCUGAAUAUUGUGAAGUUAAAGACAUCAUUGACAACAUCAGAGCAUAUCUACAACAUAGAAGGUACCUUUUUGUUGUUGAUGACUUGUGGGAUGCACCUACAUGGAAUAUUAUUCGGUCUGUUUUUCCAGAAAAUGGCAUGGGCUGUAGAAUAAUUGUGACCACACGAUCGGAAGAUGUUGCUAGAUGGGUAUGCUGCAAUCAUCGACGAUUCAUUUACAGAAUGGAGCCCCUCAGUGAUGAAAACUCAAGAUGGCUAUUCUUUAACAGGAUAUUUGGCUCGGAAGAUGGUUGCCCUUCCCAAUUUAGAGAAAUUUCCGCUCAGAUUCUGAAAAAAUGUAGCGGUUUACCACUUGCAAUCAUUACCAUUGCUAGCCUAUUGGCUAAUCAGCCUGCACCACACAAGAAAGAAUAUUGGGAGAGUAUUCGUAAUUCUAUUGGCACCUGGGGGUCUGGCACAAAUCCCACGUUGGAAGGGAUGAGGCAAAUUUUACACCUUAGCUACAAGGAUCUUCCUCGUCAUCUUAGGACAUGCUUCCUAUACCUUGGUAUUUAUCCUGAGGACUUCACCAUCAAGAAGGAUGAUUUGAUUAGACAAUGGCUGGCUGAAGGCUUUGUCCAUCAUUUCCAUGGGGGGAGUUCAGAGGAAGUUGCUAAGAGUUAUUUCAAUGAACUGAUCAAUAGAAGCUUAAUUCAACCAGAAGAAACCAAAUAUGGGGAGGUAGUUUCUUGUAGAGUACAUGAUAUGAUGCUUGAUUUGAUCUUAAGUAGGUGUGCAGAGGAUAAUUUUAUCUGCGUGGCAUACAAUCUAGAAGAAUUGUCUGGAAAACAUGAAUUCAAAGUCCGUCGAUUAUUGGUCGACUCUAGAGUUGGUGAUUCAGGAGAUACCAAAAUAUCAGGAACACCUGCUCCUAGAUUGUUGCAACUCAGAUCACUUCAGCUGUUUGGAGUAUCUGUAUCCCUGUCUUUGUUGCCACUGUCUAAGUAUAUCCGAGUGUUGAUAUUACACUUGGGAAAAACCGGGACAGGAGGCAAUGAAAGAGUUGAUGUGACCGCAAUUGGGCAAUUAUUCCAGUUGAGGUAUUUGAAGAUUGUAAGCCUCCAUCAUGCGCUCGUACUAGAGCUUCCUACUGAAAUUCGAGGACUUCAAUAUUUGUCAACAUUGGAAAUAGAUUGCACAAAUGAGAACAGUUUGCCAUCAGAUAUUGUUCAUUUGUCCCGCUUGUCCCACCUGAUUGUUCCAAGUGGUAUAGGGUUACCUGAUGGGAAGAUAGGCAGCAUGAAGUCCCUAUGCACUCUCCAAAAAAUUGAGAUAUUAGAUAUCAAGAGCGCCAUUGGCCUUGGUGAGCUGACCAAUCUAAAGGACCUUGAGCUGUACAGUAAACAGGCUCUGUCAGAGAGAGAGAUUGAUGCGCUGGUAACUUCCCUUGGAAAACUUCAUAAGCUCAUAUCUCUGCGCAUGUCUAAGUUUGCAGAAUGUAUCUGGUAUGAUGAGGAUAACCGGCUCGGUUCAUUGUCCAAUCCUCCUCUCAAUAUUGAGAGACUCCACCUGGGAGGAUGGAGGUUGCGUCGAGUUCCUAGAUGGAUCAAUGGUCACCUCCAAAACCUCUGCUUCCUCGUUCUUGAUGUUACAGAGAUGUCAACUGAUGAGGUUCGGCUCCUUGGAGAGCUACCUUCACUCAGUGAACUCUGCCUGAGCGUGAAGCGUUUGGCUCCAUGCAGCGCAUCCCUCGUAUUCGGUGCAGGGUUCCCAGCAUUGGAGUGUCUUGAAUUCUUUUGCGGUGGAGAUAUAUCACACCUGUGCUUUGAGGCAGGGGUUAUGCCCAAUCUCAGAAAGAUCAUUCUGUUUUACAUAGAUAUUGAAUGGAGCGGCACCGCACCAGUUGGCAUUGAGCACCUACUGAACAAACAACUCCGAUACAUCCAAUUACAUCCGGUUACUGACACAGCAGUGGAUGCCGAGCGUAUCAGCCUCGCAUUCACAGAAGCUAUAAGAGCACAUACAAGCCGUGGUGGUGCUGAACCUUACCUGCGCUUCGCCCGGAUCCGAAGUGGUAGCCUCAUAGAAUGACUGAUCGGCUACCUUCUAUCUUGAAAUGGCGCGGGGACGCAUUCAUGUUUUUAGUUCAAGCUGCAGCAAUGUUUCCUUGAAGAACAUUCUGUUAAAUGGUAGGUGCCCUUCACAUCUCUUUGGGCUUGUUCACUUUGAUGCCAAAAAAAAACCUUACCAAAUUUUAUCAUUGUCCAAAAUUUUGGCAAUGGCAGGAUUUUUUAUAUAAUUACUAAAAUUUGACAGCAAACUAAAUAUAGCCACUUUUUGAUAACUUUACUAAAAUUUGAUAAGGUUGAAAAUGGCAUCAAAGUGAACAGGGCCCUUCAUCAGCUCCAGGAGACAGCUUCGGGCUUCGGCCAGAGUCACUAGAACAGAUCAAUGUGCAGAGCACUUAUGUCAUGCCAGUUAUGACCCGGCACUAAUAAGGUUUUCUCUGUUAGUAGUGAGCUACUCCUUCCAAUUUCACAACUCUUGACAUUUUGGAUAAUAUUGUUUAAAAUGUCAAGAAUUAUAGAACUGGAGGGAGUCACUGCUCGUAAUUGUUCGUGCAUCUCUGGUAACAAAUUAAGUAAAGUCCUGGAUGCACAAUUAGUUAUAGAAAUUCACUGCAAUAAGAAGCUGGCCAUUGCAUACAUGGGCAACAUGCUGGACAUAGAUUGUUUACUAGUAUUAACAACAAAAGAACAUACUGGACAACGAUCCGUGGUGA